AUGCGCGUCGCUUCUGGGCCGGACACCUUUGUGGCAUGGUUGAACCUGCCGAGACGAAGUCUCGCCACCAUAGCUGCCCGACGGCCAGGGCCACCGUGGACUAGGGUACCGGAAUCAAAACGGCAACCGCCUCACCGGCAGAAGAAGAUUCUGGAAGCAGCACAAAGAAGAACGAGUCUAAAGAAGUGCCGCAGGGAUCUCCGCGAAUAUAAUAUUCCGCUAGCGGCCUUACUGAGCGAAGACGGGAUUCGCACGUCUUCUCGUCGUGAAAUGGAAAUCAUUACGGAGAGGUUGUACACGAACCUUUUCCGUUCAUCAACUCCUGUGUCAAGCCCGAUCAUCCCCAUUGGUGAAGCUCUACCACGGAUUCUCCCUUCGGAAGUACGAGUCGCUAUUAAGAGCAUAAAACCUGGCACAGCCCCGGACCUGAUUUCAUAUCAGCAGACUUCCUUCGGGCUGAUGGCCAUUUACUUCGUGUAA